AUGGCAGCACCGGCGAAACCGGGAAAAGAGGCAGUCAAACCAAAAACUAUCCCUGGAUGGUUAAAUUUUGUUAUAGGAGGCGCAAGCGGCAUGAUGGGCAUAGCAAUAGUCCAGCCUAUGGAUUUGCUUAAAACUCGAAUGCAGCUUUUGGGCAAAGAUUCCAAAAAUACGAACCUGUUGAAGGUGGCUUCGGGCAUUAUAAAAAAGGAAGGCAUCCUUGGUUUCUAUAAUGGCCUGAGCGCUGCGCUGUUCAGACAGGCCACCUACACAACUGGUCGACUUGGGAGUUUUAAUGCUCUCUUUGAUAUGUACAAAGAAUCCAAUGGUGUACCUCCAUUUCCGGUAAAAGUUGCAUUGGGCAUGCUGGCUGGCGGUAUCGGUGCUUUCGUUGGUACUCCAGCGGAGGUGGCACUUAUUCGAAUGACAGCUGACGGCCGGUUACCUCCAGAAAAGCGAAGGAACUACCGACACGUAUUUGACGCUCUUAUAAAGAUAUUAGGCACAGAAGGAAUUGGAGGAUUAUUUAGCGGCGUAGGAGCCACGAUCAGCAGAGCCGUGGUCGUUAAUGGCGCACAGCUUGGCUCUUACACACAGGCACGUCAGCUAUUGGUGCCGCAUUUGCCGGAUGGAUUACCGCUGCAUUUUGUAUCGGCCAUGAUCUCCGGAUUCGUUACUUCAGUCUGCUCUUUACCCGUGGAUAUUGUCAAAACAAGGGUACAAAAUGCAGGAAAAGGUGCGAGCCAGUUUGGAGUGUUGAGGGGUAUUAUCGCGAACGAAGGCGUAAUGGCGUUAUGGACGGGUUUACUGCCAACAUAUGCCAAGAUAGGACCCCACACCGUGUUAUGUUUCAUAUUCCUAGAACAACUAAAUGCAUUGUAUUUCAAAUACGGGUGA